GGUAUGGUCAGUUGGACAAGGGUCUGCCUCAUCCACUUGCUCUGCCUCAGUUUCUAUCCUCUGCAGAAGAAACAGGAGCUUUACCAGGAGCAGCUAGUUUUGAGACUUGAGGCUGAACUGACAUGUCUUGAUUGACUCAACCACUUCAGGACACCUUUUUAUCAAAGGUGAAGGAACUUGGAUUUGAAUGCAGAUGGCAGCCAUGUCUGAAACAGCUGAGAUCAACAGUCCCAGCCAAUUGGAGACUUCACCUACAAAGGGAUCAAAGAAGGAUAAAAAGAAAGGAUCAGAGAAGACUGAAGAAUAUCUAUUAGCAAGAUUUAAAGCUGAUGGAGUUCGCUAUAAAGCCAAGAUAAUUGGUGUUGACGAUGUUCCAGAUGCCAGAGGAGAUCAGAUGUGCCAGGAUUCAAUGAUGAAACUGAAGGGUAUAGCAAUAGCUGCCCGUGCACAGGGUCAACACAAGCAGAGGAUUUGGGUCACCAUCUCUCUAUCAGGAAUCAAGCUAAUUGAUGAGAAGACAGGAGUGAUUGAGUAUGAGCAUACAGUCAACAGGAUCUCCUUCAUUGCCAGAGAUGUCACAGAUAACCGAGCAUUUGGAUAUGUCUGUGGUGCAGAAGGACAGCAUCAAUUCUUUGCCAUCAAGACUGCCCAGCAGGCUGAGGCACUAGUUGUGGAUCUGAAGGAUCUCUUUCAAUUGAUCUACAAUCUGAAGAAAAAGGAAGAAGCUGAGAAUCAGUCUAAGGAGGGCCAACCCACAGAGAAUGGGAGUCCACUGCUGAACUUUGAUGACCAGGUAUCUCAAAUUAAAAGUGAUAUUGAUCAGAUGCAGCUGUUUGGAGACAUGUCAACACCUCCUGACAUCACUUCCCCAGCAGAAUCAAAUGGCUGUUUGCUAGACUUGUCUUCUCCUGAAAUGGAUCCUUUGAACACCUGCAUGAAAGAUCAUCUCCAGGAAGUGACUCCUGCUUCCUCACUUCACUUCUUCCCUGCACCUGAUCCUAACCCUUUUGGGAAUGACCCCUUUUCUGAACUUAACCAAUCAGCACCACCUAAACCAGUUGAUUCUGUAAAACCUGCUGAUCAGAAAGAUGGAGCUCUCCCCUUCCUAGCCGAUCAGGGUGGAGCCCACCUUGGCCAUGACUCUGACCAGCCCCCUAGCCAGGUUGCCACUGGUGUGAAGGUUGAUGCUCCAUCCUGGGGACUGAAUGGAGCAGUGGGGCAGGACCAAGCUGAAUUGGGUGUCAAAGUGACCACUGACCCCUUUGCUGAGAUCUCAGGGGCCACACCUCCAGCACAGAAUGGGUUAAAACCAGACUCCCUGGGUGCUGCAAACAUCAAGCAAGUGGACUCCCUCCUGAUGCAGAACUUUGAUGCAGUGACCUUGUCCCCUCCACCACAAAAUGUAAAAGGAGCCCGAGGCAGGAGGAAUAAUCAGCUGGCCGGUGAGAACUUUGGACCCAGCCCACCUGCUUCCAGUAUUCCACCUUCAGGCCAGAUCCCUCUGGAUCUGUUCAAUGUGCCAAGUUCAUCUCACGUCCACCCAGGUUUAUCUGGACCACCUCCUGCUGGACCUUCUCACCCAACGCCAUGGGGACAGCAGCCUCCAGUUCUUCCUCAGUCUGGCUCCAUGCCCCCAAGACCUAUCCUUGGCCCACAACCUCCCUUUGGACAGCCCAAUGUCUUUGGACAGCCAGCUGCAGCCUGGAGCCAGCCAGCUCCAUUUGGAGCCCCACCUGUACCCUCCACUUGGGGGCAACGUGGCCUAGCCCCACCCAAUGUCUGGGGUCAGCCUGUUCUGCAGACCACUCCUUUUGGCACCAACCCUUUUGCUGCCUCCCUUUCUAUGGUGCCACCCACUGUAGGCCUGGUCCCUUCUGCUGGGACCUCACUGUCCCCACCUCCCCCACCACCAAGACCCAGCCUGCAAGAAUCCUCCAAGCCUCAUUCCAGUGCCUUCACUGCCUUGGACCCACUAGGAGAGAAGGAAGAGAAAAGUGUCAAGGAACUGUUUAAAGACUUCCAGAUCGCCAAGCCCCCAACUAUUCCUGCUCGGAAAAGCGAGCAGCCAACUGUUGCUGGGGUAUCAGGAGCAUUUGGCCAAUAUUUCACCAGCAAAGUAGGUGUUCCCCAGGAAACUGCUGACCAUGAUGACUUUGACAUCAAUCAACUCUCAUCUACAACAAAUGAAGCUCCAGCAGCACCUAGCCAGAGUUCGACACUGAAUCCUUUUAAUGCCAGUGGAGAUUCAGCACCAGCUGUUCCUGUUCCAUCUGACCCAUUUGGAGAUCCCUUUGGAAACCCAUUUGUGUAACAUUCUCUACAUGGUCUGUAUUCCAAAUUUGAUCAUCUGGCUUUGACUACCAGCAGCCUUUGCACACAGAACGGAAGGGUUAAUGAUUGUACCAGGUUUCCAAUAAGUGGGCCUUUGUCUUCAAGGUUUUCUGACUUGCUACAGUGUCAUUGAAUUUUAAUCCUGUGACCAGGAAGCAAAACUCAAAUGUUUCUGUAAAGGCAGCUCUACUGUCUAGUUUCUACAAGCCUGUGAAUCCUUCCCUUGAAGCCAAUGCUUGUGACUGGUGUUUAAGUUUUUUAGGCAGUUUAAUUCUCACUUGUCUUGCUGUUGUAACUGGGUGAUCUUUCAUUUUUGACUCCCAUCCUGGACCGGUCUGGUCACCCUCUUUUAUACACCAGUGCCUUGAUUAGACAGUGUCUAAUCCCUGUUUUGAGGGAUCAGUAUAACAUGAGUAAAGUCUGAUUUCUAAAUGUCAGAUACUAGUUUUUUACUGACUUGUGACUGUAUGCUGGCACUUUUUUUUUUCAGGAGUGUUAAGGUAUCUUACAGUGGCAUCCUAGAAUUGCAGCUCCUGGGAAAACCAACACUUUUUUUUGGGGGGGGGGG